AUGGCGGAACACACGCGAGCCCAUUUCGGCGAGGAGCCUGUCGAGGUUCGCAGCGCGGGAGACUUGGAGCUGGCGAACACCAAGCUCGAGGAGAAUGACGACGAUCUCAAGUCGGAGAAGACGCACGACAACGAACCCUCGCCGAACGAGAUGAGUGAGAAGAACGAGAAGAACGGCGGCAACCUCGAGAAGCUGGGCACGUACGACAAGUACGAGAUCACGGAGGAAGACUGCUACGAGGAGCUGGGAUACUCCUUCCCGGCGUGGAAGAAGUGGUACAUCCUCACCAUCAUUUUCAUCGUCCAGGUGUCCAUGAACUUCAAUACCUCGCUCUACUCCAACGCUCUUGGCGGCAUCUCCGCACAAUUUCAUGUCAGUGAGCAAGCCGCCCGUGUCGGUGCUGCCAUCUUCUUGGUCACCUACGCCUUUGGCUGUGAGCUGUGGGCGCCCUGGUCCGAAGAGUUCGGUCGAUGGCCGGUCAUCCAGCUUUCACUUGGCCUGGUCAACAUCUGGCAGAUUCCUGUGGCGUUAGCACCCAAUUUCGCCACCAUCAUCGUGUGCCGUGCGCUCGGUGGUCUUUCCUCCGCAGGUGGCUCCGUCACACUUGGUAUGAUUGCAGACUUGUUCGAGUCGGACAAGCAGCAAUACGCUGUCGCUUUCGUCGUCUUCUCCUCUGUCGGUGGCUCCGUGCUCGGGCCUAUCGUGGGAGGCUUCGUUGAGCAGUAUACGUACUGGCAAUGGAACAUCUGGAUUCAGCUCAUCUUCGGCGGCGUCAUCCAAGCCAUCCACUUCUUCACUGUCCCGGAGACACGUACCUCGAUCAUGAUGAACCGCAUCGCCAAGAAGCGAAGAAAGGCGGGCAACCCAAACAUUUGGGGUCCAGAUGAAUUGGUACCCUUCAAGGACCGCUUCUCCGCCAAAGAGGUGCUCGUCACAUGGAUCCGACCGUUCAAGAUGUUCUUGACGGAGCCUAUCGUCUUGGUGCUCUCCCUACUAUCCGGUUUCUCCGACGCCCUCAUUUUCAUGUUCAUCCAGUCCUUCUCGCUGGUGUACAAGCAAUGGAACUUCGAGGUCUACCAGGUCGGUCUAGCGUUCUGCUCCAUCGGCGUCGGCUACCUGAUCGGCUGGGCCCUGUUCAUUCCAGCCAUCAAGCGCAAUAUGAAAGAGCGUGAGAGAAACCCUGACGACGAGCGAGCACAGUACGAGUCCCGGUUGUGGUUCUUGCUAUACACCGCACCGUGCUUGCCAAUUGGUCUGAUCGGUUUCGCAUGGACGAUUCAAGGGCCACCAAUUCACUGGAUAGGCUCCAUGAUAUUUGCCGCCAUCGUCGGCAUCGCCAAUUAUUCCAUUUACAUGGCCACGAUCGACUACAUGAUCUGCGCAUACGGUCCAUACUCGGCAUCCGCCACUGGUGGGAAUGGAUGGUCUCGUGACUUCCUAGCCGGCGUGCUCACCGUGCCGGCCACCCCUUUCUUCACGAACAUCGGAAAAUCGAGCGGCAGGAACUUGGAGUAUGCUUCCACAAUCCUGUUCUGUAUCUCCUUCAUGUUGGUGAUCGCUGUCUACGUCAUCUACUGGAAGGGCCCGGUAUUGAGGAAGCGAUCACCUUUUGCUCAGCAGUUGCAGGACGCAAGGGCUGAAGAUGGUGGAAGGAGAGUGAGCGUCGCGAGCUAUGGUAGUGGACGACGACCAAGCCACGUUGGCAGGAAAGAAUCCCAGGGUCGCCCAGGUGCAGGCGGCAGGACGUACAGCCAGCAACAGCGAUUUUUCGGCGAGUCGCGUGUCACACCCCGUGGCACGCCUACAGCAUCCCGAGCGAACAGUAUCGCCGCUGUUAACAAGCGGUCGAACGCUCCGGCGCAGGUCUAG